UAUUUUUUUUCGCGGGGAAUCCCAAACGUCUUUCUGAUAACUCAAUAAAAAUAAUAAAACAGAAAAGAAAUGAGCGAAACGCAGGAAACUGUUGGAGAAAAUGAAGCUCCCGAGCAGCCGAACUUGGAAAAUGUCUCACAAGAUCCUGAGACAGAGAAAUCGGAGCGAGCGACAAAGUUACCCAUGGCCAGAAUUCGUACUUUAAUUAAGGUUGAUCCGCAUGUUACAAUUGCGAGCCAGGAAUCGGUUUUCUUGAUUGCGAAAGCAACCGAACUUUUUGUUGACAGUCUUGCGAAAAACAUGUACAGAAUAACUCAACAACAAAAGAGAAAAACCAUUCAGAAAAAAGACCUUGAAGCUGUCAUUGAGGUUAUGGAUGAGUUCGCUUUUCUUGAUGGAACAACAGAAUGAUAACUAAACACUAGAACGCUUCAAAAUAGAAAAUAUCCACACUGCCAAGUUGUAUAUCAACCAAUGACCGGUUCAGUAUCUUUUCCUUUUCAGUAUCCCUGGCCUUGAAACAGGAGGCACUGAUGCUGUAGUUUGUUGGUAAUUAGUUCUGGGCGCAAACUGGUUUCUAAAUUCUUGUUCGUCUUUCAGUGUCUGUAUUUCUCUUUUAAGUUUUUGUAUUUCUAUUUUUGAUUCUUCUUGUAUGUGCUGCAAUUUCUGGUAAAUAAAAUAUUAUUGCGCGAAUUUU